AUGAAACAGCUCACGCCCGUAACGACAAUGCUCCCCGCUGUGCCGAGAGAUUUCCGAGUUUUGCAACCGAGAAUACUACGAUAUGACUCUUCACUACGGUGUCAAUCAGAGCAAUCUGAUCGCGUGCUUCGUUCUGAUCAACGAUCCAAACGAGAAGGACUCUCCUUCUGCUCAUCAAUCCAAUACGUAUGCAAACCGGACAGCCUAAACGGCGCCAACGGCAAGUUCAUCGUCCACGUCGACCCGAUCGUUCUCGCUCCUCGUGGACUCAUCCGUUCAAUUUAUUAUGAGCUUCAGUACAUGCCAUCUGAGGGAUCGGUGGUGUUCGAAAAGCAGAUAGAUGGUCGAUAUGCGUUGAACAAGAACGUGAAGUUGGUUUUCUGA